AUGAUCAAGCCCGACCGCAAGACCUUCCCUGGAGUCGUUGCUCACCUGCGCAUGGUUCGGCCAUGGAACGAAUGGGUCAUGGUUGCUUUUGGACCUGGCGGCACGAAUCCAUUCGAAGGACUUACUACAGAGAGCCCUGAGCUUGUUGAUUGUUUCCGAGAGCUUGUCGGAGACGAGAACAUCGAUGUCAAGGUCCUGCAGAUUGACCCUUGGACCGUCCGCGAAGCUGUUGCAAACGAAUACUCAAACAGCGAAAAGAACGUCUUCCUGUUGGGUGACGCAGCUCACCGUCACCCUCCCACAUUUGGCUUGGGGAGCAACACUUGCAUUCAAGAUGCGUACAACCUAGCAUGGAAAGUUGCGUAUGUCGCAAAGGGCUUAGCUGGCCCCGAUCUCUUGGAGUCGUAUAGCACGGAGCGGCAACCGGUCGGCGCAAAGCUCGUGCGCGAGUCCAACAACCAAAUACGCGCCAAUUCCCAAAUAUGGGAGGCGCUGGGAAUGACCGCUUCGCCCGAAGAAGGAGUUAAGCAGCUGGAAGAGUUGACGCAGGCGACCGCUGCAGGCUCAGCUCGUCGAGCGCGGCUCCAAGAGGCUUUAGAGCAAAAGAGGCAGGAGUUAGAAAGCCUCGGAAUGGCCUACAAUCAGUGGUAUAUCUCGGAUGCUGUAUACUUGGACGACGAGGACAGCCCCAGGCCUACCUUGGAGGGCGACCCCAUCGUGGAGGCUCAGAUCAGCACAUAUCCCGGCAGUCGACUACCUCAUGUCUGGCUCGAUGGUGCGUCGCGCCAUACAUUGGAAUCAACACUUGAUCUCGCUGGGAAAGGCUCCUUUUGCUUGCUGGUUGGAGUUGGUGGGCAAGCUUGGAGGGUUGCGGCGGAAAACAUUGGUAAAGCCACGGGCAUUGCAGUGGUCAGCUAUGGCAUCGGGCAUGGCUUAGAAUAUACUGAUAUCCGCCGCGACUGGCAUCGGAAGAGUGGAGUGGGAGAGACCGGGUGUGUUUUGGUUCGGCCUGAUAGAUUCGUCGCUUGGAGGUCUGUUGAACAGCCCAACGACUGUGAGAAAAAGCUAAGGCAGGUACUCGAUAAGAUCUUGUCUAAGUCAAACCUGUAG